CGUCGUCUACGAACCAACACACGGAACCAGCUAUCUACAUUCACAUAUACGUAUAUACAUGUAUGCAUCUGUGUGUGUGUACAUGUGCCCCAACCAUCUGUCGAGCGUUCGCACAGAGGAAGAGGAGAGGGGAUAGUCGAACACAGCGGAGAGAGAACGAAAAGUACGUUGAAUGAAAGAUGGCGGCCAACGUGAGAACAGAGAUGAGGGUACCGACGAGAGCGGCACCGAGGCCGCCACCGGGGAACAACGCUCUGUCCAGGAACUCCUCUACCUCGAGCAGUAGCAACAACCUUUGGGGCAGCAGUAAUGAUCUUUUUGGUUCCUCGCUGCAAGUACCACAGAAAAAGAAACCUCCUCCUAGGCCGCCACCUCCCAAGUUUCCAGUGAAUAGUGUAUAUAAUCAAGAAAAACCAAAGAAACCAGCAAGGCCUACAGAAUUACUGACGAAUCUCUUUGGGAGAAGAGGUUCCAAGCAGCAUAAUCAGCAAAACACAGUGAGCAAUACCGCUACAUCGAGUACCAUGUACUCCACUAGUCGCACUACCAACACAACAUUCCAGCUGCCUCCUCCCAAGACAGAUGGAAACAGUAUGUGCCUCAUAGAUCUGAGUCCACCUGGCUCUCCUACUUUUACAACUCGCUCCAGCAGCGAUGGAGUCAGCGUGGAUAGCUUUGGCAGCGAUGGAAACUCCAAUCCAUCUGUAUUCACCAGCAGCGGUAGCACCUCUCAGACUGAAAGUGCCUUUGAAGAUGAUUUUGACUUCUUCGGCAGUCUGUCCAGCAAUAAAAAGAACUUCGUGAACGAUCCCUGGAAGGUCAGUUGUAGUCAGGAUCCUUUUGGAUCAUUAGAGAGCAACGCGUUUACCAAAGCCAGUAGUCAACAGUGGCCUACGUCAGCGUCGAGUCAGCAGCAAGAGAUUAAGGAAAUCGGUGAUUCGAACUUUUUUGCGUUUAACGACACGAGUUCGUUCGAUCAACCAGCGCAAGUGCCUCCGGCGAAACCUAUUUCCAUGCCGACUAUAAUUCGACCGGCGAAGCCUCGCAAGUCUGCAGCGCCGCAGCCCAAGAUCAGCACGGUCGCCAACACCAGCAACAGUGGUAUAUACUCGUCGACCAGGUCGACCUACGCGACAAAUAAUUAUUCAUCCGCGCCACGACUUACUCCUAAAGAGCCGACCAGCUGGGACGAUGAUCCACCUAUGCCCGCUCAACCGCCUCCACCUCCGCCACCAGAGUACAUUGCUGGAUUAGAAGAUGGCUUAGUGGAAAACUCUGCACGACCCUAUGGUGUAGCGCUUUACGAUUUUCCAGCCUCUCAGUCUGGUGACUUGGAUUUAAAAGAAGGCGAUGUUGUUUAUUUGACGAAAUUGAUCAAUGACAGUUGGAUGGAGGGACGAGUCGGAAGUCGAGAGGGAAUGUUUCCUGUCAACUUUGUCGAUGUUAAAAUUCCGCUUCCUGGUUUAGAUACGAACGUAGUCAAUGCUUUAUAUGCUUUUAAAGCAGAAACGAGCGAUGAUUUGUCGUUCGAGGAAGGAGCAAGGAUUAAAGUCUUGUCAAGGAUAUCCGACGAUUGGUUAUACGGAGAGCACGAUGGUAUAAAAGGGCAGUUUCCAGCAAAUUUUGUGGACAAGAUUCCGACUGGUCUCCCUUUGAAACAUUUAUGAAGAAUAAUUAUACGGCAGUUUGCGGUCUGAAAACGACUAAAAAGUCGAUAAAGACUGUUACGCUCUAUAAUCUAGUAGUUAUUGUCAGAACGUGACAUAAUAUAUAAUUGCGAGAAUGUUUGUACAAAAGCGCGAUAUAAAAGUCGCAUUUUGCGACUUUGUCAUAUCUUUAGUCCGCAACUAAAUUCUCGUAUACGAAAAGAUAUUAUUUAGAAAGUAACUGAAACUGGCAUGAAAGUACUGAAAUUGCUAAUUUGUAAAUAUGAAUACGCUUCGUAACAUUUCGUUAUGCUUGAUGAAAACCAAUUGAUUGAUGAAAGUAAGUCAUUAUAAUUAACUCGGACAGUUUAGAAUUUUUCAAUUAUUGGUGAUCGGUAUUGUCUUUCGAAUCGUUUUCAAAGCUAUUAAUUAACUAGAAAAUUUUGUAAUUUUACUUUUUAGUAGCGAGGAAAACGAAUAAUGUUUUUGUAAAUAUUCGCUCAUUAUUUAAAAUCUUUGUAAGUCAUUUUGUUAGUAAAAAACCAAUAUGAUAUAUGAUAAGGUGCUUCGUUAUAUUGAAUGUAAUGCUUUCAUGCAGUAACGCGUGAUAAUUAAUGUUUGAACGAAAUAUUCGUUUCGUAAUUUGAGACGUCUCACGUCCCAGCGAGAUUAUUCGAUAUCAUUGCAAAUUGAUUGUACCAGCCAUGUGUUUUUCACUGGCCAAAACGCAGUGCUUCGCAGCAAAUGUACUGAUUUACACUGACUAUUGAUUACUUGUGUAUUUGUUUGCAGUAUUAAAAAUAAGAUUUUGGCAAUGUUUUAAUGUAAAGAAUAUCGAGAAUGGGACCAAAAUUCAUUUUCAAAAGAAAAACUUUACCUCCAGCGUUAAAUAAAACCGUGGUAGUUAUUAUUGCUGUAGAAAAUUGUAUAUUCUAAGUAAUUAAUUAAUUUUAUCUUUUUGAUAACGACAUAAAUUGUGAUAUUUUAAUUUGAUACAUACAAUAUUAUUAAAAUACUUAUAUUUACCAUUUGUCAAGGUUUUAAUGAAAUAUACCUACUACGAUUAUUUUAAA